AAGAGUGAAACAAAACGACAAUCUUUGGGAGGCCAACUUAAUAGUUAACGACUCCUGAUUUCAACAGCGCCUCCACCGACGUCGUCUCCUUUCUCUUCCACCUCCAAAAAACCUCCUCCUCCACUCUCUCUCUCUCUCUCAUGAUUUACUCGUCGUCGUCAGAGCAAUCACUGUAAUUAAGAUGAAGGAGAGAACAUGGCCGUCCCGAUCGGACGGCUCUAUAUUCACCGCCCUUCCGUUCAUCAACAAACAAAACCUCCCCGAUAAGCACACUUCCACAAAAUCACCGACCACCGCAAUCCGCCGAAGUUACAAAUUCACCUCAAAAUCAUCGCCAUCGUCGUCGAAAUCAACGUUUUCCGACCACCGUGAUUUCUCCACACUUCCAUUCGACGUGUUAUUGAAAAUCGCGGCGACUUUUACGCUGCCGAACCUCCGGGCAGCGUCGCUGGUGUGUAAGUCGUGGGGGGACGCUUUGAGACCGCUUCGAGAUGCCAUGCUGUUCCUCAGGUGGGGUAAGAUGUUCAAGCACGGCCGUGGCGGUGUCAAACCUAAUCUCCACAAGGCAUUGGACUCGUUUCUGAAAGGAGCGGCGCGUGGAUCCACGCUCGCUAUGGUCGACGCCGGUCUGAUUUAUUGGGAGAUGGGAAAGAAGGAAGAAGGUAUUGCUCUUUAUGGGAAGGCAGCUGAGCUCGGUGACCCGGCUGGGCAGUGCAAUUUGGGGAUUUCAUACUUGCAAGCUGAACCUCCGAACAUGAAGGAGGCUGUUAAAUGGUUGUUUCAAGCUUCUGUUGCUGGAUUUGUUCGUGCUCAGUACCAACUUGCCUUGUGCUUACAUCAAGGUCGUGGAGCAAAUCGAAAUUUGCCAGAAGCGGCUAGAUGGUAUCUGAGAGCUGCAGAAGGUGGGUAUGUACGUGCUAUGUAUAAUACUUCAUUGUGUUACUCGUUCGGUGAUGGUUUGGGGCAGAGUCAUCGACUUGCGAGAAAAUGGAUGAAGCGGGCGGCUGAUCGUGGGCACAGUAAAGCACAGUUCGAGCAUGGACUUGGUCUCUUUGCUGAGGGGGAUAUGAUGAAGGCUGUAGUUUACCUGGAGCUUGCCACCAGAGCUGGUGAAACGGCAGCAGCUCAUGUAAAAAAUGUUAUACUUCAGCAGCUGUCUGCUCCUUCGGCAGAUAAAGCCAUUCUUCUUGCGGACAAUUGGCAUACUUUGCAUUCUCACUGACUUGUAAAAACCCAUGGUGUUUAUAUCCUCAUAGGUUCUCCCCUACGCCUCUUUAUUCCCGGAUGCCUUGUUUUCACUCGUGUGUGAUUUACGCUCUGUGUCUCUUGUGAAUGAGUAAAAAUUUAUGUGAAAUAAUAGGUAUUGCGUACAAUGUAAUGAUUAGUCAACCCUUCGUAGUUGGAUAAAGGCUUUUUUGAGAUGAGCUUACAAUGUAAUGAUGGUUGACCAUCUUUGAUGGCCUCUCAAAUGUAUCUUGCUCAGCAAAUGUAACAUUAGAGCCUUAAAUGCUGCAAACAUGAUGUAAUUUAGGUUCAUUUCUAUCUUAAGUUGGGCUAUGAAAUUGCCUGGAAUCUGACACCUACUCCU